AUGACCCAAAGGCUCUGGGAGUCAGGUCCUGGAAGGCAAAAGCUCCUGUACCUGGCUUGGAAGCUGCCUGGGUUGCCGCUCCCGCCACCUUGGCUUCGCAUCGGGCCGUGGUGGUUUCCAGCGCAGGCGCUGAGCGACCGUCUGGUGUUCCACCUGGAGGCGUGGCUGGCGGACGCGGUCUUCGGCCCUGACCGAGCCAUAAUUCCAGAAAUGCAGUGGAUGAGCCAGGCCCUGCUGACGGUGGACAUAACGAGCUCCAGGAACCUAGUGGAAAUCACCGUCUUCGGACGGCCCCGAGUACAGAACCGGGUGAAGAACUGUCCUCCCUCCAAAUUUGUUUAUCAAGCUGCUAUUCCAGCCCCCUACCAGGACCAGGUUAGGGCAGCAGCAUGGAAAAAGUUGGCUGAAGGGCCCAGUGAGCCCGCAAUGGCCGGGGUCACCCAGCGACCCUCUGAGGACCUGCCCUCUUUCAUAGUUCGGGUGAGGCCCGAACUAUGA